GCUUCAUCAGUCCCAAGUAUGCCUUGAUUCGGAGCCAAUAUCGAAAUUCGGCUCCAGACCUAACCGCAUGGUGUCACCAUAACGUUACCCCACCAUACUAAGUACUAUUCUCUGCAGAAUGGGGAGCUAAACAUUAAGACAUUGAGACUGAGUAUUACUGACCAUCCACCAUGGCCAACUCAAAUGAAACAGGUCCUCAUCCGUCUCGAUGGCGCAAGUUCCUCCAGUACAUUGAAGUACCAACCGAUCCUGGAGUGCCCAAUACACCAUGGCUCAACCGCGACCUCAUCCCCAUGCCAAAAGAGCGCCGCACCUACAAGAUAUGGACAUACUUCAUCUACUGGUGCAUCAGUGGUCUCUGCAUUUCAGGGUAUACCAUGGGCAGCACAUUACUCGCGUACGGCCUAGAUGCAAAACAGGCCAUCGUGACCCUCGUCAUCGGAGGUCUCAUUGUUGGAGGGCUUUGUGUCACCUGCGGAUGGAUGGGAGAGAGACACCACAUAGGCUUUACUGUGGCGUGCAGGUUUAGCUGGGGCAUGCGGCGAUUUCUUUUUAAGUGCAGGAAGCAGAUAUACGCAUUUAGCUGGGAUGGCCUCCAGGCCUACUGGGGUGGACAAGGUAACCUGCUUUCUAUUCCUGUUUUCUGUUCUGUCUCUGAUAAACUUUCGAAACAAACGUUAGCAGGAGGAACAUUACUGACCAAGGAUUUCAUAGGCAUGAUCAUUUACUACGUGUUCUUCAUCACAAUCAUGCGCAUCCCUCCCGAGCGGCUUCAGAAACCAUUCAUUGUCUCAUCUGUCAUGUUUAGCUGCACCCUGAUCGGACUUCUUGCUUGGGCGGUCUCGAACACGCAUUCUGGUGGUCCCUUGUUUCGUGAGCAAGCCAGUCCCACCCACGGUGGAACAGGAUGGGCUAUGUUAUUUGGUAUCACCGCGAUUCUUGGCGGAUGGGGCGGUGCGACUGUUGGUCAAAGCGAUUGGACACGCUAUACAAACCGGCCAUAUACGCCAACGCUAUCUCAGCUCAUCGCCGCUCCAUUUUGCAUCAUUGUGUGUGCCACGAUUGGCAUCGUUGUCACGUCAUGUGCCCAAGAAAUUGUAGGGAGUUUGAUUUGGGAGCCUUUCCUGCUUCUCGCGACUCUGCAGGAUUACUAUAAUGACUCUUCAAGAGUCCGCGCUGCGAUUUUCUUUGCCGGACUCGGCUGUGUAUGCGCACAGCUCGGCAUUAACAUUGUUCUCAACUCUGUGAGCGCCGGAAUGGAUCUCUCGGGUGUCUUACCACGCUAUAUCAACAUCAGGAGGGGUGCUUACCUGCUCGCCUUCCUGGGACUAGCUUCGAACCCUUGGCAAUACCUGUCUGACGCUUCAAUUUUCUUGACCGUAAUAUCUGGCUUCGGAAUAUUCUUCGCUCCCUUUUCUGGGAUCCUUCUCGCCGACUACUUCGUAGUAAGGAGACGCAUGAUCAGCCUUGAGGACUGCUACGUCGGCGACAAACGCUCUAUUUACUGGUACUGCAAUGGCAUCCACUGGCGUGCCCCACUCGCCUGGGCGCUUGGGGUCUUCCCAACCAUGCCUGGGCUAAUCAUGACAACCCGUGACGCGACUGCGUGGAAUGUGUGGGUGCGCAUUUUCCACAUUGCGUUCUUUGUCGGUCUUUUGAUAUCAUUCGUCGCGUUCUCGGUGAUUUGUUGGGCCUCACCCCCCGGAAAUGUGGGUAUUGGAGUGUUGUAUCAUGAAGAAAGUAGUUUUGAAGCGGAGGGCGAGCUGGAGAUCGAAGAGAAGGAAGAAAAAGGGACCAGUGUGGGCCUAGCAUAGACGGUGGUUUAUUCUGAAUAACAUAGAUACAAGGUUGCGGAUUAAGGACUGCGGUAAGGGCUGCGAGCUAACCAAGUCCUUGGCAUCACAAUGCCGAGGAGUCCUACAAGUCGAUGCAAUGAUCUUUGGCUCUUUCACACCUUAACAAGGAAUGUCAAUUAUUCAACUUCGCAGUAGUGUAUUAUAAGUGUACGAUGAUAUGUGGUCGAACAGAAUACGAUUUCAAGCAAAGUUG